AUGUUGAUCAAUGAUACAAAUGUAAAAUCAUUUCGCAUGACAAAAGUAUUUCGUGAAAAUACUGAACGUAUAAAUGCAUGUGAUUUUAAUAAAAAUGGUGAUUUACUUAUCUCAAGUUCAGAUGAUGAUACCAUUGUUGUUUAUGAUUGUGAAGCUGGAUUACCUAAACGACCUAUUCCAAGUAAAAAAUAUGGUUGUGAUAUGAUACGAUUUACACGUAGUGGUGAACAAGCACUUCAUUGUUCAAUGAAAGUUGAUGAUAGUAUUCGAUAUUUAUCGCUAUCGGAUAGUAAAUAUAUUCGUUAUUAUACAGGACAUACAAAAAAAGUACGAAGUUUAGCUGUAUCACCAAUUGAUAAAUCAUUUCUUUCAGCAUCAGCUGAUCGAACAGUACGUGUAUGGGAUUUAAGAAGUGCACUUUGUCAAGGUUUGAUUAUAACACCAGGAAAUCCAGUAGUUGAUUAUGAUCCCGAUGGACUUGCUUUUGGUAUUGGAAUUGAUUCACAAAUAAUUGGAUUAUAUGAUAUUCGAAAUCAUGAAAAAGGUCCUUUUGAAAUGUUAAAAUAUGAAUGUGAAGGUGAUUUUGAAUGGACACAUUUACGAUUUAGUCCUAAUGGAAAAAUGAUUCUUGUUUCAACAAAUACUUCAUUAAUAUUACUUGUUGAUGCAUUUAGUGGUGUUCUUUUACAUACAUUUACCGGACAUCAAAAUACAAAAAAUGUACCUCUGGAAGCCUCAUUUAGUCCUGAUUCGAAAUAUGUUUUUUGUGGUUCAACCGAUGGUCGUAUACAUGUUUGGCGUACAACCGAUGGUGAAAAACUUACCACAUUCACUACUGAUAAUGCUUCAGAUUGUAUACAAUGUGUUCAAUUUAAUCCAAAGUCAUUUAUGUUAGCAAGUGCUUCGACACAUAUGGUAUUUUGGUUACCACCUGUCGAUGAUGAUUAA